AUGAAACGAAACAUGACGUUCACGCUUGUGCUUCUCUUGUAUGUCCUGCUUAUGAUGUUCGUCACCGCCCUAUUGGUGUUGCACAGUGGGCAAGGGUUGUAUACCUACAACCUUUGCCUUGCAACUACCUGGGUUUGUCUCGUCCUCUAUGCGUUGACAAAAAGCGUAAUCUACAUCUUUCUUGUCGAGCGCAUUCAUGUCGUUCGCGCACCGUAUGUCACUCGCCGUCGUGAUUGGGUUUACAUUGGGAGCAUGCUGUUCAUGAUGACCGCCUCAUCCGGUAUCGUCAUCAACGCCUGGCUUCAUCCUUACACCGCCAUGGAUCCCACAACGGGGCGAUGCCACACGGGAAUUCAAAGGAAGGUCACGGUGCCUUUCCUGAUCAUCGACAUCGUUAUGGACAUUGUCCUCACUUUGGUUUUCUUCUAUCUUCUUCAGCCAGUGCUCAAAGAAAACGGAAACUGGAGCUUUUCAAUUAUUUUCAGCAGUAGUAAAACACGGGCGGGAAUGGUUGAGAUAGAAGGGAGCAGAGAUACCGCGGUGCAAAGGAGCAUUCGAGCACUGCUGCAGAAGAGCAUCAUAGGAGCGCUUGGCAUUACGAUUGUCACUCUGGUCCUUUUCAUCGUACAAUACUUCUUUGUGGAAGGGAAAGGCGUCGCCUUGGUUUGCAGUAGCAUCUGCCUUGUGGAUGUAUUCUGGGGCUACGUCGUCAUCCAUUGGCUCACCGAUGGAGCAUCCACCGAGGCAGAAAAGGACAUCAGCUGCUCUUCUAGGCUGACAAUUUCGGGGCAGAGAGUUGAUCACAUCCCGGCAUGA